GUGUAAGCUACCCUAUACAAGGGCUCAUCUGCUAGUGCGGGAUUCCUGAACCAGGAAUAGGAUCGCGCGACGCAUCUCUGCUUAGCCCCCAAGGCUGUAUGUAGGCUUACAUCUCCUUUCUGGAGCCCUUUGCACCCCCUCGUCUUCUGAUGUAGCUCGGCUUCCGAACCCGUCGUCAUAUCCAAGCCCACAUCUCCUGUUUGCUUCUCCCUUUUUCCAUCUGUCGCUAUAUAGACUCUUGUGCAUCCUGCCCAUCGCCAGUCCUUGACCCAUCAACCAUACCAAUCUAAUAUCUCCGCCAGCUACUGUUUAUACAAGGAGUCUCUCCAGAGGCCACCACAUAUUCUAGACACCCCUGUCUCUGCUUGAUAGUGUCAUUACACGAGAUCUAAACCCAACAAUCGAGUUGGUGUUUCCAGCGCCGGGCGCGCCGCAUUCAUGGCUCCAAUGGCUACCACCGAUAGCCCAACAAACGGCGUCAAGUCCAUCAAUGUCGAGAAGGCCAAUGGAUACCGCACGCAUAACAACUACACGUACAUCAAUGGCCACAACGGCCAAAAUGGCUCAACUCCCAGACAAAAUGGCUUCUCGCCCGCCUCCACAGACUCCCGUCCUCCGACAUCAUCCUCACGGUCGUACCAAGAGGAGCCCCCUUCCAACGGGAUCAGAUACAGCAAAUCUCACAGAAUCCCAACAUUCGGCAUCCAUGAAGAGGACAACGGUCCCAGAUCGAGGGGCUAUGCCAAUAUUCGCACAUAUGCCGACGAUGUCCGGAGGCAGUACCCCCGUAUCUCGAAGCCCGUCGAGCUUAUGCGUAGCAGCUAUGACUGCGUUGUCAUCGGCUCGGGCUACGGCGGUGCUGUUGCCGCGUCCCGCCUUGCCCGCUGCAAUGAUGCCAACGAGAAGCGCCAGUCUGUCUGUGUGCUGGAAAGAGGUCAGGAGAAGUGGCCCGGUGAAUAUCCCACUGGAGUUCUAGAUGCCUUUGAUGAGGUCCACGUUUCUGGCGAAUUUGCUCCUGGCUGGCUCCCAAGCACCACCGUUGAAAGUGGUAACCCGACGGGCAUGUAUCACUUGAUAUUUGGAAAGGGACUGAACGCCGUCGUCGGCAACGGCCUAGGAGGGACAAGUCUGAUGAACGCCAAUGUCUUCCUCGAGGCAAACGAAGCCACACUGUCCAUGCCUAUCUGGCCCAAGGCCAUUAGAGAGGAUCCGGGAUGUCUCAAGAAAUUCUAUUCGAGAGCCAGGGAGGUUCUCGAGCCCACCGAAUACCCAGAUGACUGGCCCGAACUCCCCAAGGUGAACCUGUUCAAGAAACAAGCAGCUGCCCUUGGUCUUGCGAACAAGUUCAAGAUGGUCCCGCAAACAACCAGAUUUCGCAACGGUCCCAACAGUACUGGAGUAGAGAUGUCCCCGUCAGCUCUGACCGGCCAGGACUGCACCGGCGUCAAUGAUGGCUCAAAGACUACUACCCUGGUGACCUACCUGGCGGAUGCCUGGAACUGGGGCGCAGAGAUGUUCUGCGAGAGCGAGGUUCGAUACAUCAAGAAGGCUGACCCUGGAGUCGGUGGCUAUAUCAUCUUCUUCGCCUGGCAUGGCCGCAAUAGAGGUCACUUCAAGGCGAACCUACACGGGGACUUGAUGUGGGUCCAUGCCAAAGAAUGCGUCUUCCUAGGUGCUGGUGCCAUUGGCAGCACCGAGAUCCUUCUCCGCAGUAGGGAGAUGGGCUUGGCCAUGAGUCCUCGCGUAGGCGAGAACAUGAGCGGCAACGGUGAUAUGCUGGGUUUCGGAUACAACAUGGACGAAGAAGCGAACGCCAUCGGAAAGCCCUUUCCCAGUCCGUAUAACCCAAUCGGUCCCACGAUUAACUCCAUCAUCGACGACCGAGAGGGACAUGAGAACCCUCUCGAUGGAUACGUGAUUCAGGAGGGCGCGAUCCCUCGAUCUUUGACACCGUUUCUUCAGACCCUGCUAGAGAUGAUGCCCGGAAGCAUCGAGGCCACCGGAGAGUCGUUUCAGGAGAGAGUGCGCUCCUCAUUCGCUCGAUAUUCAAGCCACUUGUUUGGCGCUUACCGCCAGGGCGGAUCAAUGGACAACACCCAGGUUUAUCUGGUCAUGUCCCACGAUAGCAGCCAGGCGAUGCUUACCCUCAAGGACGACAAGCCGGUUCUCGAGUUCCUCGGCGUAGGACGUAGCGAUCAUGUCCGGAAGCUUAAUGACUUGUUGGCCAAGGCUACCCAGGCUGUGGGCGGCACAUUCGUCAACAACCCGUUUCACGCCUUGAUGGGAGGCCAACAGGUGACUGUUCAUCCUAUUGGUGGAGCAUGCAUGGCCCGAGACGAUACCGGUGCCACCGGCGUCACGAACGAUGUUGGUGAGCUGUUCGCUGGCGACGAAAGUAAAACCCACCCUGGUCUGAUUGUGACCGAUGCCUCUGUCAUCCCCGGUGCCAUCGGCGUCAACCCAUUCGCCACCAUCACAGCCCUGGCCGAACGUUCUGUCGAUGCCUACAUCCACAGAAAGAACCUCAAGAUCCACCCUAACAAGAACGGUAUCCUGGACCUCUUCGGCGAGCCCAGAUUCGCACCCAAGGAUACCCAGGACGAAGAAGAAGAGUCCGACGUCGAGUGCCAAAAGAUUCAUGAAGCGAAGUCUUUGAUCCAUCACGCCGCCAGGUCAAAGGCGGGGGGCUUUGGUUUCACCGAAGUCAUGUCGGGAUUCGUCCACCGCGAUGACGGGCUAGUAGCCGACAAGCGGGCCACUUAUGAGUUGGCCUACCGAACGGCCAAGAGCCUUUGCGAGAGUGCGAGGUUCUUCCUAAGUGUACAGGCCUUCAACACGAAGUCCAUGAUCAAAGAGCCGGACCACUCCGCCAUGCUGACAGGCACCUUCGUCUGUCCCACUAUCCGCGGGUCGCCGUUCAUGGUCCAGCGGGGUGACUUCAACCUGUUCAUCCUUGACCAGAAGGCCCCUGGAACUCGGAACAUGACCUAUGACUUCGGCCUGCGAGGUGUCAAUGGCGAGAAGUAUCAUUUCCAUGGAUACAAGGUUGUCGAUUCCUCGGUUGCGCUGGCUCCAUUCCAAUUCUGGAAGGCCACCAGCACCCUAUAUGUCACCAUCUCGGAGCCGAGUGGCAACUUGCACACAAUUGAGGAGUGUGAGGAGCCAUGGCGUCUCGGGAAGGUUGUUGCAAAGGGCAUCAUGCACAUCCAGCCCGCCGACUUUGUUUCUCAGAUCAUGACCAUGACGCCGACUGGAAGCGGCCUCAUCCGGAAGGCCUACAGCGCGGCGAGCUUCUUGACCUACUUCACCCGCAAAUCGCUGUCGCUCUUCUUGGCGCCCUUUACGCCUUUGCAAUAUCCCAGCGUCACCUACAAUGGUUAUGUCAACGACACGCCUCCGGCGGCGUCCUUUGUUAUCGUCGCCCGUGACGGCGUCAAGACGCGAAUGCACAUGUGGGAGCCGACCAACUCGGCUGUCGAGGCCAAGAAUCUUUUCAUGAUCCCGGGCGCCGCGGUGGACCAUCAAAUCUUCGCUCUGCCCACAAUCAAGUACAACGCAGUCAACUACUUCACUCGUGCCGGAUACCGCGUCUUCGUCGCGGUCCACCGCAUCGGCCAGCUGAUGGUCGCCCAGAACAACUGGACCACCUACGACGCCCGACUCGACUUGCAGGCCUGCUUGGAGUACAUCCGCGAAAAGUACGCCGAUGGCAACUCCAAAGACAACAAGGUCUACUGCAUCGCUCACUGCAUGGGAAGCGUCGCCUUCUCCUGCGGUCUUCUCGACGGCACCAUCCCUGCCAACUGGGUGCACGGCAUCACUGGCAGCCAGGUAUUCAUGAACCCCAUCUGGACGACCCUCAACAUGGCCAAGGUCAUGGCGGGCCCCAUCCCGCUCGACAAAAUGUACAAGAUGGUCCUCGGCAACUGGUUCUCCUGCAGCACGGCCAAGGACGACAGCUUCCUCCAGCGGGCCCUCAACGAGGUGCUGCGGCUGUACCCCGAGGAGAGGAAGGAGAUCUGCAACAACGCCAGCUGCCACCGCUGUACGCUCGUUUUCGGCCGGUGCUGGAACCACAGCAACCUCAACGAGGCGACGCACCGGCAGAUCGACCGCUUUUUCGGCGGCGUCAACAUGACGCAGCUGCACCUGCUCAUGAAGCAAGGAGCCGAGGGCCACGUCAUGACCAACGGCCCGCUCUUCCGGCCCCUCACGACGACGGAGAACAUUCGCAGGCUACGGGGCAUCCCCGUCAUGCUGUUCGUCGGACGCGAUAAUGCCGUGCUGACCCCCGAGGCGACGGAGCGGACGUACGAGAUCCUGUGCGACACGUUCGGGUCCCACGGCGGUGACGGCCACAAGGGUCUGCAGUACCGCCGGCGCGUCGUCCCCGGCUACGGGCACCUGGACUGCUGGAUGGGGCGCAAUGCGUGGAAGGACGUGUACCCGUUCAUCAGGGAGGAGGUCGACCGCGUCGUCCGCGGGGAGGACUACCACUUCACCGACCCCGAGGACAACUUCUCCCGCAUGGUGGAAAGCGGAGAGCUGUUGUACUAGGUCGUCGAUGUUUCGUGGUCUGUGAUGUUUUGCUCUUCAUCUUCGGGGCGGGCUUGGGCUUGGUUGUGGAUUGGGGUUUUCCUCGUCAAGAGGCGGAAGGUUAUAUCGAUACCCUCUCACAGGUGGUUCACCUUGGAAAGUUGCACACAAAAAUCGGGGUGAGGGGGGCCAAGGGAAAGGCGGAAAAGGAACGAAGCGUGCUGAAAUUUGAACGGAUGGGGGUGUAAGGAGGGCUUCACACUCUCUCGGUAUCGGGAUGGAGUUUCGGGUGGGAACUGUCGUUGUGUUGUUAUGACAAAAAGGAAGCUGCGCUUCUCUACAGCGCAUUUAUAUAUCAUUCAUCUCCCUUUGGCUAGGAAUAGAAAAACCAAGACCCAAAAAUGAAAAAUUCAAAAUGUUGAACACGUACGCCAGAGCCCUCUCUCAAUUUCCCCAAAUCGUACACAGAUACACGUUCAGUCCGCCCCCCCCCCCCCC